AUGCCGAGCGCUACGGGUAGUGACUGGCAGAAGUACACCAAGAAAUUCGCAGAUGAUGAGAUAGAGGAAAAGAAGAUUACACCAUUGACCGAUGAAGACAUCCAAGUCCUUAAAACCUAUGGUGCAGCUCCCUAUGGAGCAGCUAUCAAAAAGCUCGAGCAACAGAUCAAGGAGAAGCAAAAUAGCGUGAACGAGAAGAUCGGAGUCAAGGAAUCGGAUACUGGAUUAGCGCCACCUCAUCUGUGGGAUGUUGCUGCAGACCGCCAACGAAUGUCCGAGGAGCAACCUUUACAAGUGGCGAGAUGUACGAAGAUUAUCCAAGACGAGAAGGACCCUGAGAAGAGCAAAUAUGUCAUCAACGUCAAGCAAAUAGCGAAGUUCGUCGUGAAUCUCGGAGAACGUGUCAGCCCCACAGAUAUUGAAGAGGGCAUGAGAGUUGGUGUCGACCGAAACAAGUACCAAAUCCUACUCCCUCUACCUCCGAAGAUCGAUGCAAGUGUUACUAUGAUGACAGUUGAGGAAAAGCCGGACGUCACAUAUGGUGAUGUGGGAGGUUGCAAGGAACAAGUGGAGAAACUCCGUGAAGUUGUUGAGAUGCCACUAUUAUCGCCUGAACGAUUCGUCAACCUUGGUAUUGAUCCGCCUAAGGGUGCUCUUCUCUACGGUCCUCCGGGAACUGGGAAGACUCUUUGCGCCAGAGCCGUUGCGAACAGAACCGAUGCGACAUUCAUUCGAGUUAUUGGUAGUGAGUUGGUACAAAAGUAUGUCGGAGAAGGUGCAAGGAUGGUUCGGGAGCUCUUCGAGAUGGCAAGGACAAAGAAAGCUUGCAUUAUUUUCUUCGAUGAGAUUGAUGCUAUUGGAGGAGCUCGAUUUGAUGACGGUGCUGGUGGUGACAAUGAAGUGCAAAGAACUAUGUUAGAGUUGAUCACUCAGCUCGACGGUUUCGACGCACGAGGAAACAUCAAGGUCAUGUUCGCUACAAACAGGCCUUCGACACUUGACCCGGCCCUCAUGAGACCCGGACGUAUCGACCGAAAGAUUGAGUUCUCGCUCCCAGAUUUAGAAGGUCGGGCGAACAUUCUUCGAAUUCACGCCAAGAGCAUGUCCGUCGAGCGCGACAUUAGAUGGGAAUUGAUCUCACGUCUCUGCCCCAACUCAACCGGUGCCGAGCUGAGGAGUGUUUGCACAGAGGCCGGCAUGUAUGCUAUCCGUGCACGGAGGAAGGUGGCAACGGAGAAGGAUUUCUUGAGUGCUGUUGAUAAGGUCAUCAAGGGGAACUUGAAGUUCAACUCUACCGCAACUUAUAUGCAAUACAAUUAG